UGUUGCUCUCUGCUGGGUGUGUGUUUGUGUGUGCGCGCCAGGGUGCGUGUGUGUGUGGGUUGUUUUUUUUUCUAGAGAUGCCGAGGAAGAAGAACUUCAGGAUUUCGCAGGCGGCUCGGAGGAGGGCUGCUAGCAGACUGACCCUUGACGUUUCUCCUCAGCUUCCCAUGGACCGCUGUGCACCGCAUGGCACUGGGCACCGGCACAAGGUGAAGAGGUGGGAGGUGUCGGUGCUCACAGGGCGGCAGCACAAGUUGGUUCUUCCGUCGGAGUCCCACGGCAAAAAGGUGGUUUUUGCUAUUGGUGACUCCCAUCUUCGAAGCCUUGCAGAUGGCAUCGUGCGGUUGCCUGAGGGUCGUCUGGCGUGGGGGUUCAUGUCAACGCCGGGGGCAAGCGCCACCGAGUUGAGAACUGAGGUGCUUCAUGCUGAGGUGCCUCAGGAUCCCGACUUGGUGUGUGUCUUGGCUCCGAGCAACGACUUGACCGCCAAGCACACCAUCGGUCGUGCGGCUGCAGACUUCGAGCGGUACCUAGCCUCCGUCUGCAGUCGCUGGCCGAAGGUGUGUGUGCUGGACUUUCCUCCGAGGUUGACCGUUGAGGACUCCCUGCAAGAGCUCUACCGCCAGGAGUUCCACCGGGUGGCAGCCCGCAUGGCUGUGAAGUACUUCCACAUCGCGGACCACUUCCCCCGGCAGUGUCUCAACCUGUGGAGUCGCGAUGGUGUCCACCUGAGUGAUGACGUCGGCAUGGAGAUCUUCGCCCAGCUGCUGUGGACGGUUGCUUACACGCAACUGGAGACCGUGCCGCCAGCCCCGCCGGUGUCUCGUCCAUCCCCACCUUCUCGCUUCACUCCCCGUGUGGUUGUGAAGGGAGAGGUGAGGGUGCGUCACAGCCCUGGCCCCGAGGAGUGGACUGUCGUUGGUCCGAGCGGCAAGUCCUCUGGAGGAUGCAGUGCAGUUCAGCGGGAGCCGGCUGGCAUCCCCCUGAAUCCUGUGCUGUUCAGCAGUGAGAUGUUGGAGGAGAUGGAGAAGGUUUCUCCAUCAAAUCUGACAUCUCCUGCUGACUUUGCUGGUGUUUCACCGCCAAAGACGCUGCGUGUGAAACACCACUCCAAGAGGACUCGAAGGGCCGCAUCCAGCCGAGGGAUUUCUUCUGACUCCAAGGCCGCUCUGGAGUCGAAGAAGGUCGGGGCAACGUCCAGGCAUCCGGUCCCUUCUGGCCGCACUGACGAGAGGACGGUUGAGACAACACAGAGCCCGGGUGUGUUGUCUUCUACUGAUGAAGAUGAGGCAACUACUGUGGAGGAGAAGACUUUUUGA